AUGGAACAGUUUAAUAACAUGACUAGUGAAAAUAUCAAUAUAAGUGAUAUCUUGGAGGUCAUCCAAACCACUGAUCCUGGUUCUAUGGCUACAAUAGCCAUGGAUAACGAACAACCAUAUGUUAAAAUCAUGGAACAGCCAGCCAGUAAAGCACUCAGAUUUCGUUAUGAGUGCGAAGGCAGAUCUGCUGGCAGCAUACCUGGUGCCAACAGUACACCAGAGAACAAAACUUUCCCCAGUAUACGAAUUAUAGGUUACAAAGGUCGCGCUAUGGUGGUUGUGUCAUGUGUGACGAAAGAUGCACCGUACAGGCCUCACCCUCACAACCUUGUUGGCAAGGAAGUAUGUAAGCAGGGUGUUUGUACAGUGGAAGUUCCAGCAGGAAAUAUGAUUGUCACCUUUUCAAAUCUGGGUAUUCAGUGCGUAAAGAAGAAGGACAUUGAAGAAGCACUCAAAGUGCGCGAGGACUUACGUGUAGACCCGUUUCGAACUGGCUUCGAACAUAAGAAACAACCGACUAACAUAGAUCUCAAUGCAGUGAGAUUGUGUUUUCAAGUUUUCCUAGAAGGUUCGCGGAAAGGAAAAUUCACCAGGCCUCUAACGCCUAUUGUUUCCGACCCUAUUUACGACAAAAAAGCGAUGUCGGAUCUUGUGAUUUGUAAACUGAGCCACUGUAGCGCAUCGGUAGCCGGUGGUAUGGAAAUGAUUUUACUGUGCGAGAAAGUCGCGAAGGAGGACAUACAAGUGAGAUUUUUCGAGGAGGAUGACGGGCAACUACUCUGGGAGGGUUUCGGUGACUUCCAACCGACGCAUGUACAUAAACAAACGGCAAUCGCGUUCAGGACGCCUACCUAUCGUAUGCAGCAAGUGGAGCAGCCGGUGCAAGUGCACAUUCAGCUGAAGAGGCCGUCGGACGGCGCCACGAGCGAGCCGCUGCCCUUCCAGAUGCUACCGCUGGGUACAGGUAGGCCCGCUUUCUGGUCUUUGCGGAAAGCAUUCGCCAGGAAGAAGGCGGAUUACAGCACCUUCAGUAAAAUUCUGGCUACAGAGACCGCUCUGCUGUCCAAUGUUUCCGCGCCCAAAUUCCCUCGUAAUAUCGACGAGUUCAAUAACAACGAUCUUGACGCGAAGAGAUCGAACGGUAAAAUCUCGGCGUUGCGCGCCUUAAACGACCUGUACAACGUGAGAAAUCACAUAGACGCUUGUAACGGCGAUUUGAAGGCGAUAAUCAAUUCCGCACAAAACGAUCAGAUCGCGAAGAGCACUGUGUUGGAUUACGAGAACAAUGAAGUGACAGUAAUUCCCGAGAAUUAUCGCGACGCGGACAAUAACAAGGAUGUUACCAAAUUGUAUACGCUUGGCAACAAUCAUAAUCUAGAGAACGACACGUUUAUCACCGAUUAUAACAAAGAGGGCACCAUCGGAGUGGUUCCUCAUGUGAAGUCCGACAUGCAGAACGACAGCGCAUUCGCAUCGAAAGAUCAGAUGAAGAUUGGCAACUCGAGGGAGAGGUCCGACUGGUUCGACUAUUCAGAAAUCGGAAAAUGGGUGCAGAAGGGGCAAGCGUGCCUGAAGGAGAAGAACGACGAGACAGAAUUGAAGAGUGAAACCGAAAGUGGCAAUAAAUCCUUCAACGAGUUCUUAUCGCAGGUGGCUGAGCUCGACCAGAUCUAUGCCGACACGCACACCAAGCUGGUGCAGGCGGCCUUGGAACCGAACGCUCAUCCACAAUUGAUGGACGUGGACGUUUGCGACAAUCAGACAUACACCAGCCUGCAAAUGGCCAUGAAGAAUCCAAUUGAACUGUUCGACAUUACCGACGAACGGAAAUACGAGGACAUAGCCACACCGAAGCAAGACGCUGAAGUGCCCGUGUCGCCUCCAACGUUGGCGGCCAAGAGAGACGUGACGCGCGAAGCCGAGGAACGAUUGCCACCCUUGCCGCCGAAACGAAUACGCAAGAUGCCGUCGAUGCCGCUCCUACCGCGUCCGAUAUCCUCCCAAACGCUCGCCGACUCUUCCACUUCCGAGGCACCGAACAAGAAUUUACCGUCUUUACCCGACACCUUGCCCAAGCAUUCAAAGCAAGGGCUCUUCUCGAAAUUGUUCGCCAAGAAGACCAAGAAGGACAAGUGCUCGGUACCGAAUCUAAGCAUGGACAGCGACUCUUCGCUUAACACCUCGUAUUCGCUGAAGAACUCCAUACAAGACGCCUCGCAGUUGCAACUGCCGCGUCCUAGUAUGACAAGCGUUACGAGUGUCAAGUCUCUGAGACUGGAUGACGACGAUGACGACAUAACACCGCCCUAUGGCGCGGAUUUGACCGAGGCCGAGCAUUACGCCCUGUACACCACUAUGGCACCGCACGCGACCGCCUCAGAGUUCGACGACAUGUCGUUCUAUUACAGUCUGGUCGAAGGUGGCAAGAUAUUGACGGAAGCUAAAGAGACCUAGAGCCAGGCUUGAACUGAUCGCUCAUUGAUAUCGUUUUGUUUGCAUACUGCCAAGAGUCAAAAGUAUAACGCUCGUACGCGAGAGAGCUUUCUCUCCGAUUCUGACUUCACAAUACCUCCGUGAGAGGUAUUGUGUUGUGUUGCAGUUAACUCUUGAUUGAUAUUACUGUCACUUCUUGUUGUUGCAACGAGUCUCCAUGGCUCUCGACGCGACUCACGUUUCAACGAUACAUCUAUAUACCAAAGAUUUCUCCAAGGGAAGCGAAAAUCAAGAACUGCGUACUGUGUUUGAGAAGCACGUUUCCCCAUUUAGAAUAUUCAAUUCAUAUUGAUAUAUUAAUUCUUUUGUUACGGUUAUUUCUUUCGACGCAUUUACUUGAGUGUGCAGAAACCUAAUCUAGUCGAUUUAUUAGUACCUUUCACUUAUAGUAUGUUUUCUUUUUUUUUUUCUAUGGUUUUUACAAGUGAGAUAUUAAUUCGCGAAGAGAGAUCGCGUUAUAUAUAGGUAUAUUUAUUAUCAAGCAAUCAGUUGUUCACCUUCUCUUCUCUUUUCUAGUCGAGCCCAAUGCUGUUACAUUUUCGUAUACUUUUGAUAUACGUUGCUUUACUACUUGUAUCAUGUUGUUAAGUUUUGUACGGUACUUACGAGUUUUUACGCAAUUGUCUCGCUCCACUCGCGUUUGUUACGGACUACUGACUUUCUCACGUUCUCAACGAUACUUAACUGUACGCAGGCUCAAAUUGUCCAGAAUGAAUAUUAUCUCUUUGUAACGUAAUUUUAUAUGCGUCACGGCCAAAGUCCGAAAUAUCGCGAGUCGGUUUCUUGGCGAUUUUGGCAAUUUUUUCUUUCCCGGCACGCUACGUGAUCAUUGUACUUGUUGGAUAAUCGGUCAACUCGGUCAGCUAAACAAAUAAUUGAAUAUCUUGGAUAUUUCACGGGUUACCUGCUAUCUCGGAUUUUGGCCGUAACACGUGCAUUCAGGAGAGAUCUCUCUGUAAGGUUCAAAUAUACGAGGCCUUUUACUA